AUGUCGACAUCUUCGGAGAAGGCAAACCUCGCACGCAUUCGCGACAACCAGAGACGAAGCCGGGCCCGGAGGAAAGAAUAUCUUCAGGAAUUGGAGAGCAGGCUGCGGCAAUGCGAACUCCAAGGUGUCGAAGCCUCGAGUGAGAUUCAGUCAGCAGCGAGAAGAGUGGCAGAAGAGAACAAGAAAUUACGGGCGCUAUUGGCACAGCAUGGCGUUAGGGACGAGAGUAUCGAGGUGUAUCUGCAAAGAACCUCAACGGCCGAUACGGUAAUGGGAGGUCAAUACGGCAGCCAUAGCGAGCCGGUACAGGUAUUGGAACAAUUGCUUUCAACGCCCAAAGCAUGCUGUACGGAUGGCAGCAACCCUUCGGGAGGAGGACAGUCCUGCGAUAGAGAUAGCUCGGGCAGUGUCACCACUACUCAAUCAACCUGGGAUCCAUCCCAGACUGCGAACCCGCGACGUCGUUCUGGAAUCCAGCAAGCUGGGAGGGUAGCAUCCAUGCAAUACAUGACCCCAAGUGGUAGCACGACGAGCAGCUCCCCGAUGGGACAUAGUUCAGCGAGUCACGCAAUGUCGCAACAUCAACGGCUUGUAUCCGCGCAAAUGGGGAGGCAUAUGAGCCCAGGCUCGAAUGCACCGAGCCAGAAUCACCAGGUUUACGACUAUGAUCAGCAGUUCUCUUUGUCGAACCGGUCGUAUUCUUCCAUCCAAAGCAACACCCCGAAACACCAAUACCAGACCUUGCAGCAGUCAUCAUCGGUAUACGUGCCUACGACAUCCAGCUCGAAUGUCAAUAAUUGUAAUUACGCGGCGGAACUAAUCACGACAAUGGCAGGUGUGAGCGACUCAUCGGCAGUUCGGGCAGAUCUUGGUUGCUCGCCGGGCAUGGAUUGUGAGGUGGAUAAUCAACUGGUUUUUAAUGUUAUGGAUCGAUACUCUGGUGUUGGGUUAUAA